AUGCUUCUCCAGAUGGAAGGACUGGUGAACAUUAACCAUCAAGAAAUUACGGCAGUAGCUGCUCCACCACGACCAGCUGUCGUCGCUACACCACCUCCAGUUACCACUACGCCGCCACCACCUGCAGUGACAGUCAACAAUGAAAAAGAUGGGUUUGACUUUUUUGAUCCUCGUGGUGUUGCUCCUGCUCCUACCCUUGCGUUUGCCCCGCAAGGAUCAGGUGGUGGAGAGAUGGAGGAUUUGUUUGGUUCUCUAUCAGAGUCUUUCUCUUCUUCAAAUGCUUUGGCUCUUGUAACAUCUACUUCAUCUAUAACCACUGAAGUUCAUCCUCCAGCAAAUACUAAUCCUUAUCUCACCUUCGAUACCUCAUCGACAAGUCGGGCAUUUGAUGAUCCGUUUGGUGAUGUUGAUAUAUUACCUCCACCUGGACCCUCGCAAAAUGCUUUUCCUUCUCAAAAUGGUCAAGCAUCUAGUCUUUCAGUAGAACCUAACCAUACCACAUUUCCUUCAAGUUUUUCAACUCCAUUUGGCCAACCACCUACUUUUUCAUCACAAGGUCAAGGUGGUCAACCUUUUCAACCUCAAGCUUCCCAAUCUAUGCAACACCCAGCUUUUCCACCUCAAGGUGUCCAGCAGCAGCAGCCUAUGCCACAGUUAGCUUUUCAACUUCUAGGUGGACACCAAUCUAUCCCACAGUCAGCUUCUCAACUUCCAGGUGUCCAACAGCAGCAGCAGUUGCCACAGUCAGCUUUUCAAAGAGAUCUCUUACUCUUUACGUAUAGCCAGCAUGAAUAUUAA